CAUGGCGGCGACGGUGACGAUCCCAUCUUCAACUACGGCCUCGGCCACGACGACAGCCACCGCGGCUGCUCUCGGGGAGGUGGAGGAUGAAGGGCUCCUGGCGUCGCUGUUCCGGGACCGCUUUCCGGAGGCCCAGUGGCGCGAGCGGCCUGACGUGGGACGCUAUCUCAGGGAGUUGAGUGGCUCAGGACUGGAGCGGCUGCGGCGGGAGCCCGAGCGCCUCGCCGAGGAGCGAGCGCAGCUGCUGCAGCAGACGCGCGACUUGGCCUUCGCUAACUACAAGACCUUCAUCCGCGGCGCCGAGUGCACCGAGCGCAUCCACCGCCUCUUUGGGGAUGUGGAGGAGUCGCUCGGCCGCCUGCUUGACCGCUUGCCCAGCUUCCAACAGAGCUGCAGGAAUUUUGUGAAAGAGGCUGAGGAGAUCAGUUCCAAUCGCCGGAUGAACACCCUGACUCUAAACCGGCACACGGAAAUCCUGGAAAUCCUGGAGAUCCCUCAGCUCAUGGACACCUGUGUCCGGAACAGCUAUUAUGAGGAGGCCCUGGAGCUGGCAGCCUACGUACGCCGACUAGAAAGGAAAUACUCCUCCAUCCCUGUCAUCCAGGGCAUUGUGAACGAAGUGCGCCAGUCCAUGCAGCUGAUGCUGAGCCAGCUGAUCCAACAACUGAGGACCAACAUCCAGCUCCCUGCCUGCCUCCGUGUCAUUGGCUUUCUACGGCAAAUGGAUGUCUUCACUGAGGCUGAGCUGAGGGUCAAGUUCCUUCAGGCCCGAGAUGCUUGGCUCCGUUCCAUCCUGACUGCCAUCCCCAAUGAUGAUCCCUAUUUCCACAUCACAAAAACCAUCGAGGCCUGCCGUGUCCAUCUGUUCGAUAUUAUCACCCAGUACCGUGCCAUCUUCUCAGACGAGGACCCUCUGCUGCCUCCUGCCAUGGGUGAACACACGGUGAAUGAGAGUGCCAUCUUCCACGGCUGGGUGCUGCAGAAAGUCUCACAGUUCCUGCAGGUGCUGGAGACUGACCUUAACCGAGGGAUUGGCAGCCGUCUGGACUCUCUGCUGGGCCAGUGCAUGUACUUUGGGCUGUCCUUCAGUCGAGUGGGGGCUGAUUUCCGGGGUCAGUUGGCGCCUGUUUUCCAGCAGGUGGCUAUCAGCACUUUCCAGAAAGCAAUUCAGGAGGCUGUCGAGAAGUUCCAGGAUGAAAUGAACUCUUACACCCUCAUCUCGACUCCAGCAGUCCUGGGCAGCAGUGCCCUGCCGGCUGCUGCUCCGGUCACUCAGCCGGGGACCCUGCAGCCGCCCAUGGUGCUCUUAGACUUCCCGCCCCUUGCCUGCUUCCUCAACAGCAUUCUGGUCGCCUUCAAUGAUCUGCGCCUCUGCUGCCCCGUGGCCCUGGCACAGGAGGUGACCAGGGCCCUGGAGGACGCCCUUGACAAGGUAACUAAAGUAAUCCUGGCCUUCCAUCGUGCAGAAGAGGCUGCGUUCAGCAGUGGGGAGCAAGAGCUCUUUGUCCAGUUCUGCACUGUCUUGCUGGAAGACCUUGUUCCUUAUUUAAAUCGCUGUCUCCAAGUCCUUUUUCCUCCAGCUCAGAUAGCACAGACCUUAGGCAUUCCACCCACUCAGCUUUCCAAGUACGGAAACCUGGGGCACGUGAACGUCAGCGUCGUCCAGGAGCCUCUGGCCUUUAUUCUGCCCAAGAGAGAGCCGGUCUUCUGUCUGGCCAAGGAGCUAGUCCCCGAGCUCCCGGCUCCAGCGCCAGCACUGCCGCCCAAGGCGCCGAGCCCCGAGCCGGUCACCCCGGCUGUCCCUGACGCGGGGCAGGAGGAGGUGGAGUCCGCGGGGCCCCCGCAGCCGGACGAGCCUAGUGCGGGCAUCUGACCGGUGCUGCCUGCCCCCCAGGCCUGUGCGGCCUGUACCUGGGCGUGGGGCCGGGGAAGGUUACGCAACCCCGGUGGGAACGGGUGUUGCCACGCGUGGGAGAGGCUGCAAAAGGCGUAAUUCAAGAGAGAACCCCCCCAAUACUGUAAAGCAACCAUACUCCAAUUAAAUUUUAAAAAUAGUGAA